AUGGCAGAUUACGUAGAAUAUGACAGUGCAGGAACCUUAGGGGAAGAAUAUAAUGAAAGAGUUGAGAAGAAUAGUGAUGAAAGUGAAGAUAGGCCGAAAGUAUUAGUGAAGAAACGUAAAGGAAAGCAAGAAGAGAGAGAGAAAUUAAAAUUGUCCGAAAUUGAAAAAUUUCUAGAGUUGUAUGAGCUGUACCAUUGCUUAUGGGACUAUAAAGUAGACGAAUACAAAGACAGAAAUGCAAAAGAACACGCAUUGGAAGAAAUUGUCCGUGGUAUGGAGAAACGAGAGUUCACAGUCAAGAAGGCUAAAGAUAAAAUACGCGUUCUUCGCAACACAUACAGCAACGAGCUGACUAAGAUCUAUAAAAGCAAAGUCUCAGGGGCAGGUCUCGAUGAUGUGUAUGUUCCGACGCUGAGAUGGUUCUCAACAAUUGAUCGAAUCAUUGGAGGUGUUGUCCAAUCUCGAGGGAGCCAAUCAGUAGGACUUUUUCAGGAGCAAUCAAGCACUCAAGUUCAGCAAGAUGAUGCAGACAAAGAUGAAGAAACUAUCUUUGAAGAUGUUCAAGAUAUUCCUUCUUCAUCUAUUCCAUCUACUUCUAGUGGUCGUAUUAUACGUGAGAAGCCCUCAAGUGCUUCUAAGCAAAUUCCUUAUGCCAAACCGAUAUCAAGAAAAGUAGCUGGUGAACGCCUAGGAAAAAUACAAAACUCAGUACAACAACUGAAGGACAUUUCAGAUAAGGUUCUUGCACCUGAACGUAUAAAAGAUAUGUGCGAGUAUGAAUUGUUCGGCCAGUUUAUUGCCAGUCAGCUAAAAAAGCUUCCCGAGAUAAAUGCUUUGGCAGUAAUGCAAAAAAUUCAAACGUGCCUCAUGAAUGAGAGGAUGACCAUUGCUCGCGGUAAUUCCAUGUCACACUACCAAUGGGAAGACACCUUAACUACAUCCUCUUCCAUGGUGUCUCCAAAUCAAGAAGAUUAA